CUGCAAAUUGCCAGUUGGUUCUCCUGCACGUCUGAGAUGCCCCAACUUCCCCUUUGUCUCCAAGGUGGCAGCGCACAGUCGAGCGGAGGCAGCGGAGGCAGCGGAGGCAGCAAGCGCCAGGCAGCAGCAGCUGUCGCAGCCGCAGACAGCUCAGACUCGGAGGGCGAAGGCCCCAAGCUGAUCAAGAAGAGGCGCGGCGGCAACUCCUCCAGCGACGACGACAACGACGAGGAGCGGCAGCGCAAGCGCGACCUGCGGGAGAGGGACGAGUACGCCGAGCGGCUGCGCAAGCGGGACGAGGACCGGACGCGCAACGUAGCCAACAAGGGCGAAGGGAAGGCCUUCGAGGAGGCCGCCAAACGGCUUAUUCUAGAGAAGGAAGACAGGGAGCAGAUCCUGCCGCACCUGCGGGUGGAGUCGCGCCGCAAGUAUCUGGUCAAGCGGAAGGACGACAAGCUUAAGGAGCUGGAAGCCGACAUCCGGGAUGACGAGUACUUGUUCGAUGACCAGGUGCUCACGGAGAGAGAGAAGAAGGAGCGCGAUUACAAGAAGACCGUGCUCAAGCUGGCGAAGGACUACGACCGGGUCAAGGACGCCGAGAAGGUGCAGCGGUACGUGAUGCCCGAGGAGGGGGGCACCGUGGACGACAAGUACGUGGAGAUCGACGACAAGGAGAAGAGACCGGGCUACGAGCAGAAGAAGUGGGAGGAGGACCAGAUGCGGGGCACUGCUCUCUCCUUCGGUGCCCGGGACAAGGCCGAGAAGUACCGUGCCCACGAGUACAACCUCGUCCUGGAAGAUGAGAUCGAGUUCAUAAAGUCACUUCCUCUCGAAGGCACGCGCUGAGAAGAAGAAAAAGAAGAAAAAGAAGAGGAAAGAAGAGGAGCGCCAAAGAUGUCUGAACACGAGAAGAAGAAGAUGUCGAUAGCGGAAGUGAGGCGGAGUCUGCCCGUGUACCCGUUCAAGGGGGCGCUGCUGGACGCCAUAGCAGAACACCAGGUCCUCAUCAUCGAGGGCGAGACGGGCUCCGGGAAGUCCACGCAGCUACCGCAAUACUUAUAUCAUGCAGGCUACUGCGAGGACGGCAAGAAAAUAGGGUGCACGCAGCCCAGGAGGGUCGCAGCCAUGAGCGUGGCAGCCCGCGUUUCGGAGGAGAUGGGCAAAAAGCUUGGCAACGAAGUAGGCUACAGCAUCCGCUUCGAAGACUGCACGAGCGACCGCACCAGGGUCAAGUACAUGACAGAUGGCAUGCUGCUGCGGGAGUUCCUGAUGGACCCCAGCCUGGAGGGCUACAGCGUCAUGAUCAUCGACGAGGCGCACGAAAGGACGCUUCACACCGACAUCCUCUUCGGCCUCCUCAAGGACAUUACUCGGUUUCGCUCCGACCUCAAGCUGCUCAUCUCGAGUGCCACGCUCGACUCGGCCAAGUUCUCCGACUUCUUCGACGAGGCACCCAUCUUCAGGAUCCCCGGGCGCCGAUAUCCCGUCCACAUCUACUACACCAGGAGCCCCGAGGCCAACUACAUCGACGCUGCGGCCGUGACGGUUCUGCAGAUUCAUAUCACGCAGCACCUGGGCGACGUCCUGGUGUUCCUCACGGGCCAGGAGGAGAUCGAGGCCUGCCAGGAAAUCCUCACGGAGAGAGUCAAGGCCCUCGGGAACAAGAUCCGCGAGCUGGUCAUCCUGCCCAUCUACGCCAACCUGCCCUCAGACAUGCAGGCCAAGAUCUUCGAGCCGACGCCUCCGGGAGCCAGGAAGGUGAUCCUCGCCACGAAUAUUGCCGAGACGUCGCUCACCAUCGACGGCAUCACGUACGUCAUUGACCCCGGCUAUGCCAAACAGAACUACUUCAACGCGAGGAGUGGCAUGGAAUCCCUGGUGGUUGUGCCAGUGUCACGGGCGUCUGCCAACCAGCGCGCGGGCAGGGCCGGCAGGGUCGGGCCGGGCAAGUGCUUUCGGUUGUACACGCAGUGGGCGUUCGAGAACGAAAUGGACGAGAACACAAUCCCCGAGAUCCAGCGCGUGAACCUGGGCAACGUGGUGCUGCAGCUCAAGUCGCUCGGCAUCCACGACCUCAUCAACUUCGACUACCUGGAUCCGCCGCCAGCCGAGACGCUCAUCCUGGCGCUGGAGCAGCUGUACGCCCUCAAGGCGCUGAACCACAAGGGCGAGCUCACGUCCACGGGCCGCAAGAUGGCCGAGAUCCCCGUCGACCCCAUGAUGUCGCGCAUGAUCCUGGCCGCUGACCAGUACAAGGUGGUGGAGGAGAUCCUGACCGUGGCCGCCAUGCUGUCCGUCAACGGCGCCAUCUUCUACCGGCCCAAGGACAAGGCCAUCCACGCCGACACAGCCCGCAAGAACUUCUUCCACCCCGACGGCGACCACCUGACGCUGAUGAACGUCUUCAACGAGUGGGAGGGCACGGACUACUCGUCGCAGUGGUGCUACGAGGUGUUCAUUCAGCACCGGUCCAUGAAGCGCGCGCGGGACAUCCGCGACCAGCUGGCGGGGCUGAUGGAGCGAGUGGAGGUGCAGCUCACGUCCAACCCGGGCGACUCGAUGGGCAUCCGCAAGGCCAUCACGGCCGGCUACUUCUACCACGUGGCGCGCUUCAGCAAGGGCGGCAUGUACAAGACCGCCAAGAAGAGCCAGACGGUCAUGAUGCACCCGCAGUCGUGCCUGGUAGAGGACCUCCCGCGCUGGGUCGUGUACCACGAGCUCGUCAUGACCACCAAGGAGUACAUGCGCAACGUCGUCACCAUCGACGGCAAGUGGCUGCUGGAGGUCGCGCCGCACUAUUACAAGGACACGGAGGUGCACGACACCACCUCCAAGAAGAUGCCCAAGGUCCUGGGCAAGGCCAGGGAGGAGCUGCAGAAAGAGUACAAAUGAGGACGCCACCUCGUCUUUUCUCACAUGAUGUUAGAAUGUUUUUUUUGUUUUGUUUUUUUAGAAUAUGUACAUACUUUAUUUAUGUAAAGAAGAAGAAGUUUGUUAAAUAAAACAGGUUUCUUUUAAGGAUUUGUUUAUGCACCGAAAAGAGAAUUCCUUAUUUCCUGAGGUUACAGUCCUUCUUUGUGUAGAUCUCGACAUUUUUUCAAUGAAGUCAACUAAACUCUCUGAACCAUUAUCCAUGUAGAUAUCUCUUUUCUGCCAUAUAUAUCACAUUAAAUUAUAUUAUAUGAAAUUCCUAACAAAUCA